CGUGAAUAAGACAGUUUGGAAAUGUUUUUUUUUUUAUUGUAUAUAUGUAUCGUGAGUUACCAUUACGUAAAUUCAUUGAUUUUAUCGCAUAACAUGAGAAUCUCGAAUGGUGUUGGUUCCGAUAGCAUCAAAGAGGAUCGAUCGCAAUACAUAGAUAAUUUUCGUUGUUUGAAUGACUAGCAUGAUGCGAUCGCUUUGUUACGUCAUCGCGUGGAAAUAUCGCAGGAUAACAAAAGUACGUAUGUAUAUGUAUAAACUGAAUAUACAUUUAUACAUACAUAAUAUGUACAGUGUUCUACUUAAAAUUAUUUUAGUGGCAUUAUUUUUGUUAUACGGACCGACGUGUGUGUGUGCUACCAUUUGAAUUCAUCCUCGCUUACAAUUUAGAUAUCGAAAAUAAAUGGUAAUUUCUCGUCAAAAUAUUGAAAUAGCUGCACAGUACAGAUCAAAUUGUACAGAAAUAAUACUUGAAUGAUGCAAUGUUUACUCGAGGUGAAAGACAUGUUAAUAGAAUUGUAUAUUUGAAUACGUAGUCGUGUAUAUGUAUUUAUACUGCGAGAGUUUGAAUCAGUUUUAAUAUUCCAAUUUGGAGAUUAUGUUAGAAAAAAAUGGCUAUUUAGGCACUUAUUUUCUUAAUUAAAAAAAGUCAUAACGAUAAUGUGUUCCUCAAACUGUACAACUGUAAUUUCGAAGAAACUUAUAUUAAUUAAAUAGAAAUUAAAAAGAAAUUCACAUAUUCAAUAAAAAUAAAUAAGCGUGGGAUUUAUUAGUGCAAAUUGUUCACGUGAUGCGCUAGUGCAGUGAUGUCCACGGGAGCAAAUGGAAGACAAAGAAAACCGGUGUCCCCACCACCCGUGUCCCGGGACACAACGAUGACGACACGACGGUUUGCAGCGAAUAGCGACGUAGCGAGACAGCGAGGCUAACAGGCACUCUACCGCGCGUGAUUCAAACGAUAUUAUUUCGGAUUAUAUAAAACAAUUUUCUGCUUUUAUGCAAAUCCCAAUACUACUUCUGUUAACUCAAUCUUCUAUUUCUUUAACUUCUUAUUUUCAUUGUAAUAUCAAGAAUGAUUAGGUUCAGUAUUAAUUUUUACUCCAUCUUGUGUAAAAGCGUAUUUCUAUUUCCAGUUUUGACUUUGGGGCGGGGAGUAUUUUUUUAACUUCUAUAACGACACGGCUGUUUUGAAAUGUUGAAUUCUUAAAUGACAAUUCUGAGGAGAAAUUAAAAAAUUAAAUUUAAUGCGAAAUUAUAGUCAUUAGUUUGUGUUAUUUGCGCAUUCUUCACUGGCUUUCGUAAUUUUGCGCGUUAUGUUCUCCACGAACGCGCUAAUAAAAAAAAAAUGGGUGCUUAGAAAGUUGAAACUGGAAGCGAAAAGCAGCGCAUAAGGGACUCCGCAUUUUGUCUCCCGUGGACAUCAUUGCGUCAGAGCUAUUAUCAGUUUUAAAGAUAAGGAUAAAGGCUCAAGUAUUCGUGCAAUGAAAUAUUUUUAAAGAUACGAGACAAAUUUCGUUGUAGAAAAAAUAAUUAUUUACGCUUGGAAAGUGAAUUUCCAAACUUGCCUGCUAAAGAAUUUGGUGUAGUAAAAUAAUCUACGUGCUCAAACAAAUUGACAAUUGGUGGCUAACAUGGUGGACGUCGAGAAUAUGAAUAAUGUAGAAUCCCACUAUCAACGAGGAAACCACACGCUAAAAAUACCUAUGUCCUUGUUUCGAAAUAAUCGCAAACGAUUAGUAGAGCGUAUAAAUUCUAAAACAAAUGCUCCGAUUGCAAAAAGUUUUAUUGUUCUACAAGGAGGAAGUGAAGUUCCAUUCAACGAUACAGAUAUAAAAUGGCCUUUCAGGCAGGAGUCAUUUUUUCAAUGGUGUUUUGGCGUAGAAGAACCAGGAUGUUUUGGUGCAAUUAGUUUAACAGGAAUUUCAAUUUUAUUUGUCCCACGUUUGCCAGCAGAAUAUGCAAUUUGGGAGGGAAAAUUGCAUACAUUGGAAGAUUUUACGAAGCGGUACGCGGUCGAUGAAACUUAUUAUAGUGAUGAAAUAGCUGAAAUAUUAAAGAAAAAGGAAGCAUCGCUUCUCCUCACUUUGAAUGGUCGGAACAGUGACAGUGGUUUGGAAACUCCAGAAUUAAAUUUUAAUGGGCUUGAACAAUUCAAAAUGGAUAAAACCGUUUUAUAUCCAGAAAUAUGUGAAUGCAGAGUGAUAAAGUCCCCGCAGGAAUUAGAGGUGUUGGAAUAUGUGAUUAAGAUAAGCUCAGAUGCUCACAAGUCUGUUAUGCGCAUGGUAAAGCCAGAACUAGCAGAAUUUCAAGCGGAAGCAGCUUUUAUGCAUUACGUGUAUUCCAAAGGAGGUUGCAGACACGUAUCCUACACUUGUAUCUGUGGCUCCGGGCAUAACUCGUCAAUACUACACUAUGGGCAUGCCGGUGCACCCAACAAUAAAGUUAUAAAGGCGGGGGAUAUGUGUCUCUUCGACAUGGGUGGAAACUAUUGCGGAUACGCAGCAGACAUCACGUGUAGUUUCCCAGCGACCGGGAAAUUUACUGCGGAUCAGAAAAUGGUGUACAACGUUGUACUUGCCGCUCGCGAUGCGGUAAUGAAUGCGGCGAAACCUGGGGUCUCUUGGACGGACAUGCACGUGCUAGCCAACAAGGUCAUGCUGGCCAAGUUGAAAGAGGGCGGCUUGUUAAAAGGCGAUGUCGAUGACAUGAUGAAGGUAGGGUUAAACGAGACAUUCCAGUUCCAUGGUCUUGGCCAUCUGAUGGGGUUGGACGUUCACGACGUUGGCGGAUACCUUCCAGGACAUCCGGAACGUCCCACUGCUCCAGGUUUGAAAAACCUGAGGACCAGUCGGAUCCUGGAAGCCGGUAUGGUUCUAACCAUAGAGCCAGGUUGCUACUUUGUCGACUGUUUAUUAGAUGCUGCUUUGAAGAAUCCGGAUCAGUCGAAAUUCAUCGUGGCGGAAGAAUUGAAAAGAUUUCGGAAUUUUGGCGGUGUUCGAAUCGAGGAUGACGUUGUCAUAACGGAAACAGGAGUGAGAAAUUUGACCGACGUGCCGCGCACAGUCGAAGAGAUAGAAAGCUGGAUGGCCGGCGGUAAAAUAUAGUUCGAGUUUGAAGCUCGUGGGAAUUCCGAAACAGUGAAUAUCAGCAGGGAUUCCCUGGUGCCGUAAACGGAACAACACGCUGUCACGAAAUAUCUUCUACAUCGUAAGGGUAUCUGUGUGUAACACAUAAGAAGAAGAAAAUUGUACAAUAUUAAGUGAUUUAAGUAAACAGAAAAUAUUUUUCUUUA